AAAAAUCAUUUUGGCAUCUUCUUUCUACAAGAUUUAUCCUUUUUCCUUGAAUGGUAAAACAGAGUAUCUGGAGAAAAGAAGAGACUUUGAAAUUGAAUUAGUAAAGUUUUGUUUUUUACAAUCUCACCAACCUACUAGUCUGAUCCAACAAGAAGGUGAAUAUAGAGCACAUGUUCUUCUUCAUCAUGCAGCCCUACCAAACUCUCAAAGGUCAGAUAAAAUCUUUCUGGAUCUCUUUUUGUUCUUUGCCUUCUUUUAAUUUCUGGGUAGCUGUUAAAGUUAUUACAAACUUUUAGUGUAGUAAGGUACUGAAAGAGACGAUUCUUCUUUGUCGUUAUCUCUGUCUUUCUAUGAUUCUAUCCAUUCGAUCCUCAAUCUUACAAAAACUCGAACUUUGGUCAGUUUUGUAGACGAGUUUUGUGCCUUUGCUGUUUUUGUCUGAUUCAAUAAAAAUUGACCGAUUUGGCAAAUUCUUAAUCCGAUUUGAGACAUCGUUUUUUGAGUUUGUUCAUUGGUCCACUAUUCUCCUACUUUGUUGAUUUGACUCUUCCAUUUCUGGAUUAGUAAGAUGUGAUUGCCAUUAGAUUGCGCAAGAAAGGUUAGAAUUUGCUAUCGGAUCAUCUGCUAAGCUUGGUUUACUCUUCCUAGAACAUCGAUUGUAUCGAGGUUUACUAUUGGAUCAAAGAUGUCUGCAGAGGAGAAGAACCUUAUAGAGAUCUUGGAGGAAGGUCACAAAGUCGAUGUUGUUAAGUACAUUGAUUAUGUCAGUGCCCCUCAAGCUGGUGCUAUUGCGACAUUCUCAGGCACUACAAGAGACAUGUUCGAGGGCAAGACAGUGUUGGAGUUAAGGUAUGAAGCAUAUGUGCCAAUGGCCACACGAUGCCUCAGCUCGAUCUGUACAACUGCUAGAUCAACUUGGGAUAUCCACAAGAUUGCUGUUGCUCACCGUCUUGGACCAGUUCCUGUUGGAGAAACUAGCGUGCUCAUUGCGGUCUCAUCUGUUCACCGUGCAGAUGGUUUAGAUGCUUGCAAGUUCUUGAUCGACGAGUUGAAGGCAUCGGUUCCGAUAUGGAAGAAAGAGGUUUACACUAAUGGAGAGAUUUGGAAGGAGAAUUCUGAGUUUAUGGAGAAAAGAUUGGAGCUUGCAGAGAAAAGAGACAGCAUUGUAAAAAAAACUGUGGUUGAAGAACAUAGAAGAAGAGGUUGCUGUGGAAGCAAAGUUAGAGUAGAAGAAGAUGAAGAGCAUAAAGAUAUUACAGGAGAUAACAAAUCUUCUUCUUGAUCACUUGUAGCAGUAACACUGUUUCGCUUUUUACUUUCAAUAGACAAACUUUCUUAAGCACAUUGUUGAAUCUAAAGACUUAUAUGCGUUAGUUGGUUACUGGACUGGGCUUAUACUUGCUACUGCUUGAAUCUGUAAGAAUCUAAUCGAAGAUACUGCAAGAUUGUAAUACCAAAGAUAACAAUUUUAAGGAGAA